UUGACUUGUUUUAGUUGGGCUGGGCCACGCACGCCGAGGCGGCGGGCGGCGGUUGCCGUGGCUGCAGAAGACGACGAAGCGGCGGCGGCGCCACCUGUCCACCUCACGCCCCACGCGUCCGCGCCGCAGGCUACCCUCCUUGCAUGGCGGCAUGGCGCGGCGCCUACUUCGGUGCUUCCCUUCAACCACCUCGGUGUCCCGUAGAGUCGUAGGCGUGGUAUUGUCGCGCGCGGAGAAGAGGGGAGGGAUAUGGCGGCGCGGUGGUGCUUCGCGUUGCUCUUGGCGCUGUCGGCGGCCGCGGCGGGGGCCGGAGCCAAGCGGACGUGGGAGCCGGUGAUUCGGAUGCCGGGGGAGGUGGUGGAGGAGGAGGUGGCCACCGUGCCGCGCGGCAGCGAGGGCACCGAGGAGGAGGAGAAGGACGGCGUCGGGACGAGGUGGGCGGUGCUCGUCGCGGGCUCCUCCGGCUACGGUAACUACAGGCACCAGGCUGAUGUAUGCCAUGCAUACCAGAUAUUACGGAAGGGAGGGCUAAAGGAGGAGAACAUUGUCGUGUUUAUGUAUGACGACAUUGCCAAUAAUAUACUUAACCCGAGACCAGGGGUUAUUGUCAAUCAUCCACAGGGUGAAGAUGUUUAUGCAGGAGUUCCGAAGGAUUACACUGGAGACGAAGUCACUGCAAAAAACUUUUACGCGGUUCUCUUGGGCAAUAAAACUGCAGUUACUGGGGGUAGUAGGAAGGUCAUAGAUAGCAAACCAAAUGACCACAUAUUUAUCUUCUACUCUGAUCAUGGGGGUCCUGGAGUUCUUGGUAUGCCCAAUCUGCCAUAUCUUUAUGCUGCUGACUUCAUGAAGGUGUUACAAGAAAAACAUGCCUCCAAUACUUACGCUAAAAUGGUUAUAUAUGUAGAAGCGUGUGAAAGUGGCAGUAUUUUCGAAGGUUUGAUGCCAGAGGACCUUAAUAUUUAUGUCACAACAGCGUCUAAUGCAGAAGAGAGUAGUUGGGGGACGUACUGCCCAGGAAUGGAACCAUCGCCUCCUUCCGAGUACAUCACCUGCUUAGGUGACCUAUACAGCGUUUCUUGGAUGGAAGACAGUGAGACUCACAAUCUGAAGGAGGAAUCAAUUAAGAAGCAGUACGAAGUGGUUAAGAAGCGUACCUCUGACAUGAACAGCUACGGUGCUGGCUCUCAUGUUAUGGAGUACGGGGACAGGACAUUCAAGGAUGACAAGCUUUACCUAUACCAAGGUUUCGACCCUGCAAAUGCCGAAGUUAAGAACAAGCUAUCAUGGGAAGGCCCAAAGGCUGCAGUCAACCAAAGAGAUGCAGAUCUUCUUUUCCUCUGGAGAAGGUAUGAGCUGUUACAUGACAAGUCCGAAGAGAAGCUGAAAGCUCUGAGGGAGAUCAGUGACACUGUUAUGCAUAGGAAGCUUCUUGACAGCAGUGUUGAUCUUGUCGGAAAACUUCUCUUUGGAUUUGGAAAUGGGCCUUCUGUGCUUCAAGCUGUUAGACCUUCUGGUCAGCCACUCGUUGAUGAUUGGGAUUGUUUGAAGAGAAUGGUACGGAUCUUUGAGUCGCAUUGCGGACCGCUCACUCAGUACGGUAUGAAGCACAUGAGGGCGUUUGCUAAUAUUUGCAACAACGGUAUCUCUGGCGCUUCAAUGAAGGAAGCAAGCAUCGCUACUUGCAGCAGUCACAACUCGGGUAGAUGGAGCUCGCUGGUGCAGGGGUACAGUGCUUGAUCUGCCGCAACACGUGAUAUAGCCUCAAAACUUAUGCCUUGUACUCGUACUUCCUCAAAACAAUACCUUCAGGACUGCAAAUAACCGUCCAAGGAUGUACCGCUGUAUGCUACUGUACCUCUAUGUGUGCAAUAUAGAUGCCCUGUAUAUACGAGUAUAUGAAUGAAUCGUGUGCUUUUACA